CCACCUGUCAGUACUCAUAAAUGCCACCUGUCAGUGCUCAUCAAUGCCAUCUGCCAGUGCCCAUCAGUGCCUCAUAUCAGUGAUCAUCUGAGCUGCCUUUCAGUGUCACCUAUCAGUGCCACCUAUCAAUGCCAGUCAGUGCCACCUAUCAGUGCUGCCAAUCAGUGCCACAUAUCAGUGCCAGUCAGUGCCACCUAUCAGUGCCAGUCAGUGCUGCCUAUCAAUGCCACCUAACAGUGCCAGUCAGUGCCACCUAACAGUGCCAGUCAGUGCCACCUAACAGUGCCAGUCAGUGCCGCCUAUCAG